UUUUAUCCCACUGCUUUCUACGCCGAACCAUAAAAAAGAAAACUCGAACUAAAAAGAGUGGAAAGAGUAGACCAACAUUCUUUUCAAUUCUCUCAUCAUGUUGGGAAACUAGUGGAAUCUUUUACGAGAUUAGGGUUCUUUUCCUUCUUUCUCUUUUCUAUUCUCUCUCUGCCUCGCCUUAAAAUUCACAAGUCUUAGCUGAUAAUGAUACUCAACAAGCUUUGCUGCUUAAAACUUGGGUGUAUUAUUUUCUGUCAUCUUCUUUUAGCUGCUUUUGUUUGCUCCGAGGACCACGGAAAUCCUGCGAAUGAUCUUGUAGAUAUCAUUAACAAGAAUCGAACAGCCCAAAAACUUCCAGAGCUUAAUGACAGCCCUGGUCUUGGCUGCAUGGCCCUGCAAUAUGUUGAAUUAUGCAAGAGCAACUGCACUGGAAACAGUGCUGUAAACUGCAAACCACCUGAAGAUGACUUCACUGAGGUUUUUGCUCCCAAUUGUGGUGUAGAGCUGCCCACUUUUGGUACUAUAACAGGUCACAUUGUAGGUUGCGAACUGAAGUAUGUUGAGCCAUCACAAGCCUUUUCUCAAGUUCUUAUUAAAGACAACAGAACUUUGUCCUUUCUGAAAAAUAAAACACACACAGAGGUGGGAGUAGGCUUCGUUGGGUUUCACAAGGGCCCUUUCUUCUGGUGUAUUUUAUUUAGUAAUGGACAAACAAAUUCUACAUUUGUUCUUGAAGAUCGUGGCCAAGGGAUUAAGCAGAAGAAAGGAUGCUACAGUGGAAGUACUUUUGCAUGUAGCAGCGGACAGAGGAUCAGCGUGUCAUUGAGAAAUACUGUGAGCUUUGCUUUUAUAGGUACUUACCUAUUUCUACAUUGGCAUCAAAACCAGUUUGUGACAUUGUGAAUUACUACUUGCAGAAUUUGCAUUCAAUAUUGAGAAGGGGAACUUGAAAUACAAUUGUAAAAGAUUCAUUAUGAGAGAUGCAAAAUUCUCCACUUUUUGUCA